CGUUGCGGUGUAGGGAACUGAAACACAUGAGGCGGAUGGAUGAAGAGCGCAGUGUUUUGGAGGAGAACAUGGUGUGAAGCAGAAACACUUCGACAGCGCUUGUCUUGCACCUGGAAUGCCCGUUUCAACGUGUCCUCAAAGGGGCUUUCUCAUUCGCACAUGGUGUCUUCUGAAAGGGUGUAGCAGUCUCCAUGGCGACGAGCGCUGUGCCCGGGGACAACCUGCCCACGUAUAAACUGGUAGUAGUGGGGGACGGCGGUGUGGGCAAAAGCGCCCUCACCAUCCAGUUCUUUCAGAAGAUCUUCGUGCCUGAUUACGACCCGACCAUCGAGGACUCCUACCUCAAACACACGGAGAUCGAUGGGCAGUGGGCCAUACUGGAUGUAUUGGACACGGCAGGUCAGGAAGAGUUCAGCGCCAUGAGAGAGCAGUACAUGAGGACCGGCGAUGGCUUCCUCAUAGUGUUCUCCGUGACUGACAAAGCCAGCUUCGAGCACGUCGAUCGUUUCCAUCAGCUCAUCCUGAGAGUGAAGGACAGGGAUUCAUUCCCGAUGGUCCUCAUUGCUAACAAAGUCGACUUGGUGCAUCUGCGCAAAAUCACAGGCGAACAGGGGAAGGAGAUGGCACUGAAACACAGCAUUACGUACAUCGAAACGAGCGCGAAGGAUCCGCCCAUGAAUGUCGAGAAAGCGUUUCACGAGCUCGUGAGAGUCAUUCGGCAGCAGGUCCCAGAAAGGGCCCAGAAGAAGAAAAAAACUAAAUGGCGGGCAGACAGGCCAUCUGGAUCCGCCAGGCUUCACUGUGUCCUACUAUGACUGUUUGGUUCCUCUCUGGGCACGUCAACCACGUGAUGAUGGCUUGGACUGUUAUCUACUGUAACACACAAACACACACCACUGAGCUCUGUAAAUGUAAUACUACUGCACACUGUUUUCAAUCCAGCCAAUUCAGGAGACAACUCUUUCCAUCGUAGUUGCUGUUAGGUUAUGUCAUUAUAAACCAUCCAUUGCUCUGUUUAUCUCCUAAACUGGUUGUUGCUGCUCUGGAAGAUAUAACGAUAAGUCCAGGAACUGAGCGCUGUUUCACUCACAGGACGAUUCAAUAGACGUCCCUAAUGAGGCCUUGUUUUUCUACCUUUUUACAUUUGUCCUAUUAUUUAUAUAUAUAUAUAUAU